AUGGAUAACGGAAAUAAAUUAAGAGAUGCUGCUAAAAGUGGUGAUGAAGAAAGAUGCAAAGAAUUAAUUAAAGAAGGCCCAAAUACAAUUAUUAAUUAUAAAGAUAGAUCUGGUUUUACUCCACUUCAUAUGGCUGCUAUGUUUGGUCACAAAAAUAUUUGUACUAUUUUAUUAGAAAAUGGUGCUGAUAAAACUAUUCAAUCAUUAGAUAACGAAACUCCAUCUGAUGUCGCUAAAACCGUCACUCUUGGAAAUUAUAUCAACACUUUUUCAAAAUAA